GAAGAGCUGUUGUUUUUGUUGUCUAAAAUGGCGGCGGGGAUGUAUUUAGAACACUACCUGGAUAGCAUAGAGAAUCUGCCGUUUGAGCUACAGAGGAAUUUCCAACUGAUGAGAGAUUUGGACCAACGGACCGAGGACCUGAAGGGACAGAUUGAUUCGCUGGCACGAGAGUACACAUCCAAUGCACGGACGCUGUCUUCAGAACAGAAGCUAUCCCUUCUGCGCCAAAUCCAGCAAUCCUAUAGCAAGUGCAAAGAGUUUGGGGAUGACAAAGUGCAGCUGGCUAUGCAGACAUAUGAAAUGGUGGACAAACAUAUCCGGCGGCUAGACACAGACUUGGCCCGCUUUGAAGCAGACCUAAAGGAGAAGCAGAUUGAGAGCACCGACUAUGACUCCACCUCCAGCAAGGGAAAAAAGAGUGAGUCACGAGGGCCCAAAGAGAAGAAAGUGGCUCGAACUCGGUCAAAGGUGAAGAACUCAGAUGAUGAUGGCAGCCCCAAAAACGGACAGAAGAAAGUAAAGCUUAUCCAUACGGGGGAAUUCAAUGCUCCUGCAGUGAAUUUCGGGAACGUCCACCCUUCCGAUGUGCUGGACAUGCCAGUGGAUCCCAACGAGCCCACGUACUGCCUCUGUCACCAGGUGUCGUACGGAGAAAUGAUUGGCUGUGACAACACGGAUUGUUCCAUUGAGUGGUUCCACUUUGCCUGCGUGGGACUGACAACCAAGCCCAGAGGAAAAUGGUACUGUCCACGCUGCUCUCAGGAAAGGAAAAAGAAGUAAAUGGAGAAACAUAUUAAGGGACGUAAAGUUAGAGAAGAUGGGAAGAGAGGAGAGGGGAUAAAGAUGUUUUCCCCUCUCGCUGGGUAGUAGUAAUGUAUGGUUGGUCUUCCCACCUCUCAGCAGUUUUUGGUGCUCGUUUUCCCGUAUAUUUACUUUCCCGUCUAUCGGACACAGGGAAAGAACGUGAUGGAGGAGUAGUUACAGCUGUAGUUUAAUUUUUGGAAUAAUGGUUUUCAAUGACUGCAAGGAUGAUAAUCAAGGUUGUUAUUGUGAGUGUGGAUUUUCUCCUUUUUUUUAACCAAGUUAUUAGAAAACUGACAGUGGAUCACAAGCAGCAUUAAUUUCCAGUGAUCCCAACACUGAUCUGGGCGUGACUGCCUUGUAUGGUACUUAACAAUAUACUGUAUUCUUUUGGUCAAGAUUGUCCAAAUGUAGUAUGCAGAACUGGAAUACUCUUUGAGGGAUAGUACUGUGUGGUAGUAUGCAACUACUCUUUACAGUACUGAACAAUAGUCUGGUAUGUCAAUGGGUGCUGAAUUAUAUUCAUUUAAACAGUAUUAUGUUUGGAAUGAAGUUAUAAGGCCUUCGUUAUACGACUGGACCACACUAAUCUUACUGUACUUGAUUGAACAAGGUUUGAAUUGAUUUGUGUAAGAAAAACGGCCAAUGUAAAUAAUUGAUAUACCAUUGAGAAAAAGUGUACAUUUGUUUUGAACUGUUAAAUACAACUACUAAUGUGAAUCA